AUGAACCAGCUCCCAAUAACCGUCACCCCCACAAUAACUUUGGAAGAACGCCGGAGAAGACGCAUUGGAUGGGAUCGCGAUGGGAUCGCUGGCGGACCGAGCAGCAUCCAGUUGCUCCUCCUCUGGAUAACCGCUGGGGCCAACUACACACAGUGGACCGGAAGUCCGUUCCGUGGACAAGAGCGUGAGGACGCCUGCACUGAGAUCCAACAUUUCAUGCUGACUCAAGGUAGCAUCCACCGGGACCCAAGGGAUAUCAACCGGAAGAUCCAGCAACUGCGACUGUCGUACAAGUCUGCCCGUGAUUUUGUCGUGUAUACGACCGGAGGAGAUCAGCCAGAUGACCCAAUCAUUCAGGCUUACAUCCGGAGGCUUUGCCCAUACUGGGACUUACUCCACCCUGUUAUGGCCCCGGUCGAGUAUCCUCCCGUUGGAGAUGUAGAAGUUGAAUCCGCAGCUGAUGAGCUCGAAGCCUCGGACGAAGAACCAACUAAUAGCUCAUGA